CGUAAACAAAGUCGCGAAAUGCAGCGCGGCAAGAUCUCUUUUGGUAAAAUCCAAUUAAAUGUAAACAAACCGCCAGCUGAUGAUGACAAAGAGAAGCCGGAACCAGAUGCAGUUGCUGGUGGAUUCAAGAAAAUUGAUAAGCAACAAAUGAUACGCCAAAUUGAAGAUGUGCCCGAAGAUUUGGAGAGUCAACAUUUGAAAGAAGUAAUGGGCAUUAGUGGUUUUGGGCGCAAAGCAGCUAAGGUGUUUGACAUUAGCGAGCAAAUAGCAAAGGCGCGAAUAGUGGCACCACCCGUGCCGGAGCCGAAAGAAGGGGAGUCAGAGGAAGACGAUGAAGAUGUAAUUGGACCACUGCCGCCAGCAACAGCAGACUCUGAGCAAAAACCGAAGCCAGAGAGUACUAAAAAGUAUUCCGAAGAUGCUAGAAAUGCAGAUGAUGAUGACGAUGAGGAGGGCGACUCCGAUUCUGGCGAUGAUGAGGAUAACUUGGCGCGUCGUAUACCCUACACACAUGAAGUAAAAAUGCAACAUGGUUCGCGGGCAGUACUUGCACUAGCUGGUGAUCCAAGCGGUGCACGUAUUGUGUCUGGUUCUAUAGAUUAUGAUAUGUGCUUUUGGGAUUUUGCUGGCAUGGACUCAUCCAUGCGUAGCUUUCGACAGCUGCAACCCUGCGAAAAUCAUCCCAUUCGUGGACUUCAGUACUCGGUAACAGGCGACAUGAUUCUAGUUAUAUCAGGCAAUGCACAGGCCAAGGUUUUGGAUCGCGAUGGCUUCGAGAAGUUGGAAUGCUGCAAGGGUGACCAGUACAUAAGCGAUAUGACGCGCACCAAGGGACAUGUGGCGCAGCUCACCUCCGGCUGCUGGCAUCCUUUUAACAGAGAACAGUUUCUGACCGCCGCUUUGGAUGGCACACUGCGCAUCUGGCAGGGAUUUCGUGCCAAAGAGCAAACGCAGGUUAUUAAAACACGCGCUCAAGGCGGUCUAAGAACUAAUGCCGCUGCCUGUAAUUAUAACCGCGAUGCUACGCUCAUAGCUGCUGGCUGCGUUGACGGCUCCAUACAGACCUGGGACACACGCAAGAUGUUUGUCAACACCACACAUUGUGUGCGCGACGCACAUCAAAAGGGCUCCGAGAUCACUUCCAUUGUGUUUUCUUAUGUAGGCCAGCAGCUGGCGACGCGCUCUAAUGACGAAACUAUGAAGCUCUGGGACUUGCGCAGCUUCAAGCAGCCACUGCACACUUGGACGAAUCUGUACUCACGCUAUGAUACAACAGAUUGCUGCUUCAGUCCCGACGAUCGCAUGCUGGUCACAGGUGAAUCGCUGCCCAAGGGACAAGCCGAGGCACACUUGUAUUUCUACAGCACUCAAAGCUUUGAGCAAGUGCAGCGCAUACCAGUGGCUAACUCGCAUAUUAUCAAGACGCUGUGGCAUCCGAAACUUAAUCAGCUUUUCGUGAGCUGUGGCAAUGGCAUCAUCAAGUGCUACUAUGAUGAGCAGCGCAGCAUACGCGGUGCUAAGCUAUGCGUGGUGAAAACACAUCGCAAGCGCCAGCAAAUGGAACUAGUGGGCGUGUCGCAAAUCAUAACGCCACAUGCCCUGCCGCUCUUUCGCCAAGAGAAGACACGCUCCUCGCGCAAGAAAAUGGAAAAGGCGCGCUUGGAUCCAGUCAAAUCGAAGCGUCCUGAUUUGCCAAUUACCAGCGGUCAAGGUGGACGUGUGGCCAGCUCUGGCGGCACUCUCUCCUCCUAUGUCAUACGCAAUUUGGGCUUAAGCAAGCGCGUUGAUGAUGAUCAGGAUCCACGUGAGGCUAUACUUAAGUAUGCCAAGGAUGCAGCCGAGAAUCCCUAUUGGAUAGCGCCUGCCUAUAAGCAGACACAACCAAAGGCCAUAUUUUCUGAAAAGUUGCCCGCCGAUGAAACUGCACCAGCCUCCAAAAAACCUAAAACUGAAACUGAUGACAAGUAGAAAAUAAACGUAUAUGUCUCUUAGAGUUGUAAGUAAAUCCAAUAAAUAUUUCAAUGUCUUUUUGAACGAACGG